UAUUACGUAUAACACAUGCGACUAAAGUCUACACCUUUACAAACAUUACCAGCAAGCUACUGCCAGGAAGCAUAGGCAACUGGGUCCCUCACAUCAAAACAGAUUCACCUAAGAGGUUUGGACCUCAAUUCAAAAUGACAGACACAAAGCGUCUUGCCUUCUCCAUCAUUCAGUUUCUUCAUGAUCAGCUGCGCUCUGGAAGUCUAUCAUCAGAUGCUCAGGAAAGUUUAGAAGUUGCAGUCCAAUGCCUGGAGACAGCAUUCGAAGUAUCUACCGAUGACCACACCCUGGCUGUCUCUGAAACGUUACCAGCCAUUUUUGCCUCUGCAACACUGAAGUAUCCAGGCACUCCUCAGGUGAAAAUAAACACACCCACAGAUUCCCCCACUGAGGAGGAAAUAGCUGAGGCAGAAAGACUCAAAACUGAUGGCAAUGAUCAAAUGAAGGUUGAGAACUUUGGUGCUGCUGUGGAAUUCUACUCAAAAGCUAUUGCUAUAAACCCCCAGAAUGCAGUUUACUACUGCAACAGGGCUGCUGCGUACAGUAAACUAGGCAACUAUGCUGGAGCAGUGCAGGACUGUGAACUUGCAAUUGGGAUUGACCCAAAUUACAGCAAAGCAUAUGGAAGAAUGGGGUUGGCUCUAGCCAGUUUAAACAAACAUACAGAAGCUGUAAGUUAUUACAAGAAAGCUCUUGAGUUGGACCCAGAGAAUGACACCUACAAGUCCAACCUGAAAAUAGCAGAGCAGAAAAUGGAGACUCCAAGCCCUACAGGGGGUUUGGGAGGAGUUGAUCUGGCUGGCUUGCUCAGUAACCCUGGUUUUAUGAACAUGGCAUCUGGUUUGAUGAACAACCCCCAAGUACAGCAACUGAUGUCAGGCAUGAUGUCAGGGGCUUAUGGGCCAAUGGGGGCUCCAGCAGCACCUGGGGGAGGAGCCGGGGCAGUGCCAGGGUUAGGGUUAGGAGCCGGACCAGCGGCAGGAGUUGGAGUAGGAGGAGCCGGUCCAGGUGACAUCUCUGGUCUCAUUCAAGCGGGCCAACAGUUUGCCCAGCAGAUGCAACAGCAAAAUCCAGAGCUUAUUGAGCAGCUAAGGAGUCAAAUUCGCAGUCGGACGCCUAGUGCUAGCAACGAAGAGCAACCUUGACCCUUGGACGGAGGAAGAUUUGCGGGUGGAGAAGUGAAGAUGGGCUGUCCUUUUUUAUAAUUUGUAUUAUUCUCGCAGAUCCAAGGCAGAAGGCUUUACAUCACAAGUAAUUAUUGCAUGUCUGUCCCCCUACCCCUCCCCUGUCUUCAUAAUGAAGUUCGAUAAGCCUGUCAACCAGUCAGAUGUGUCUGGAAUGGGUGGAAAGGUGUCACCUCAAACUGCAAUGUCACGCAAGUGUAGCACUUGGUUUAACUGUUUAACGUUACUAAUCCUUGCCAGUGACUUGUCUGAACUGAGUCCCUACUCCCGGUGUACAAAAUGCGUUUUUUGUCACUUUAGUGUUGUCAUUUCCAGUACACAACAACAUGUUGGGAUUGUGACGCAACAUUUCAGCGGCCACAUCAGUUUCAGAAGCAUAUAUUUGUACAGAGGAAUGCUGGUAGGCAGGGAUGGUAUAUCGUGUACUGUCAACAUUAUGGGAAUUAAAUGGAGCGUUUCAAAUGGGA